AUGCGUAGUGUUCGUAACAACGUAGGACGUACCUAUAUAUUUAAACGGAAAAGUAGAUUUCACUCUGUACAGUAUCUUUGUUUGUACCAAACUGGUCGCGCUCUGGGGCACAGAGACCAAAUGUAUUGGAACGCAGUGCUUCUAAUGGCCUGGUCUUUGGCCACGGUCUCCGCCAUUUUGGAUUCCACCAGGAGUCMACGUUACUGGGAGGACACGAAAUCCGAUGACGUUGGUCGUUAUCAAAUUGACAACAUGUUGAAAACCUAUAUGGUCAAAGGAGGAGGAAAUAAACAUUUCGUUACUUCCGUAUUCCCUGAAAUGGAUGCCAGAGGAUUUCAUGAAUAUGUCUUCGAUGGACUACAGCCGGAUUUUCAGUGGCCGUCAAUUAAAUUUAAAAGGAACUAUUAUCCGCAAGGAAUUACGUCCCGAGGAUUCAGCGAUGAUAUUUUUCACCAAAGCUUUGGAAUGUUCGAGCCUUUAAAACGGUCGGUGUCUAGAACAUCACCAUCGGUUGCAAACAUGUUGCGGCGCCUAUACCCGAAAACAGGCGCCAGCGGUGGAGGCAUCAGACUGCGCCAACCUGAGCACACCCAGAAAAUAGCCACGGCCAAGCGCCGGCCCGAGAUGGACGCCAACGGUUUCCACGGCGAUUCGUUCACUGGCGGUUUCGACCGGUUCGACACGAUGAAGCGCAGGCCCGAAAUGGACGAAACCGGUUUCGAGGGUGACUCGUUCACCGGUUUCGGCGGGUUCGAGACCAUGAAGAGGGACGACGGCGACGACAAGAACCCGGCCCACCCCACGUCGUCCGCCCACGCAGGUCGGUUGUUCAGCGGGCGACAAGAGUAGGCUACGGUGGCGGAAUUUCACCACCACCGUCACUACCCCAACGUCAUCCACAGAAGGAGUACUCACGUCGUCGUUGCAGUCGCCAUCGCCUCCGUCGUCAUCGUUGUCGACGUUUUUUAAUAUUAUAAUACAAAUACGAAAAUAUAAUAUACGUAUUUAUAGACAGUAGAAAUUGGAUUCAAAUAUUAUUAUAUUAUAUAGAGAGACUUAUUACCGUAGGCGGAAAUCAUGUGCACGUCUAUUGCUAUGAGAGAGACCAUAACAUAUUAAAACACUUAAUUCAUCUAUUUUUCGAGACAAAUAAACAAAGUUACGAUUUCAUAACAAACAACAUUUAAAAAAAAAUACUUCUGUGCUUUUUUKAUGGAUAUACUCGUCUAUAUUAUAUUAUAUCAUGUACUGCUGUUCAGUCUCCCAUGUAAUUUAUAUUAUCUGUUAAUGAAUUCUUAACACGUUUAGUAACCUACGUUUGUAUGGGCAAUAUUUCUAAGAGCAAAAAACAAUAUUAAACACAAUGUUUUAAAUAAAAAAUGUUCAAUCUUUAGAGGCUUUGCUAGCUUUGAGGAAAUCUAAAUUCACUCUCCUUGCACGACUUCCGUCAAUGCUUAUUACUUUCAUUAUCAUUAAUAUUAUUAUUGCAAUUGAUUGAAACGAUGGACGAUCGGUGUGAUAUAUGUGCGAUGUUAUAUACCUAUUAUAAUAUUAUACAUAGUCACAUAGAUGUGUAUAAUGUGUCGAUAACUAMUUUAUUAUAAACUAAUUUUUGUUCUAAAUUAUAAUCUGAAAUAAAUGAGAUAUGUACACA